AUGAGCAAUAACGAUAAAAAUACAAUCGAUAAAGAAACUGCACGUAUCAAACAAUUACUACAAGAUCAAGAAAGAGAAAUCAAAGAUGAGAAAGAUAAAUACGAACAGUUGCUCACUUUAUUUGAUAAUGUGAAAACUAAUGUAUCUAAUGCUAUAAAAAAUAAUCUACCUGAUAUCUUGAAGAAGGUACUUGCAGAUGCUAAUAUCGAUGAAGAUGUGAAAAAAACUGUAACUGAUAAAUCUGAAGAAGUAAUCAAUAAAUUAAAUGAAAAGGUUAAAGGUGUUGGAGUAGAAGAAGAAACAAAUGUAUUAAAAAAUAUUCAAAGAAAAAAACCUACAAAUACAUAA